GAUACUAAAACGCUCUCUACGUGGGAUAGGAAAUUUCCCGAUGUGACACCGCCGUGAAAAAUUGACGAGACGGUUUACUGAAGUUACCGGAGAAUGUUGAGCUUAAGGCAUAACGUGAAAGCGACGGUCUCGGCUCCCUCGCUAACCUCGCUCUUCGACGUCGUCGUCGCCAAAUUGAAGAGUAUGAAUCAGAAGACGUUUUUAACGCGAAUUGUGUACGCGGUUCGAGGCGAAAUCCGUGCCGACGACUUGAUUGACGAGCUGACAAGUGACAUCCACUCACUUGGUGAGUUAGGCCCACUUGGACUUGUGACCGGAGUACAGUUGGCUUUCGAACAUCAUUCCAUUGUCAUGAUAGAGGGACCUGAAAGCACACUGCUGAAACACUUGGGGAUAUAUGUGAAUCUCGAAGAAAAUGAAGGUGUGCAACUUAAAACGAAAAUACUUGUCUCGGUUGACUAUAUCCAUCAGCGAUUCUUCAACAAAUGGGACUACAUUCGAGUGCCAAACCAGGCUUGGGGCGAAGAAAAAUCUUCCCACCAAGAAAAUAACUCCGAGGUCGAUCAUGUGAAGAAAUGUGUCGACUUAUUUCUCACUUUCUGCGAGCAUCUCCAUCAAAACACAUUGGGAACUCUGAAAGGUACUUCGCUGGAUAUUGCUCAUAAAGUGUCUCCUCCCAUGCUAACCCCUCAAAUGCUGGACUCAGUCUUGGAUUCAUCGGUCUUACCUGACAUUGCGGACCUCAUACAGUCUUAUCAACAAAUCCCUCAAACAUUGCUCUGGAGAGACAAUAUGCAGCCUUUAACGAGUGAGUUGGUGCCUGAGUUCAUUUUGAGAGGUGACAUCUGCAACGCAUCAUGAUAGAUUUUACACAGGAAAGCUUACUUUAACGACAUUAUGAGCUUUGAUCGCACACUUCCUUAC